AUGAUUAUCUCAGACCGCGACAAGAAGUUCACCUCUCCUUUCUCGAAGCGGCUUUGGGCCGAGAUCGGUAGACAACUUGCUAUGACUACGGCCUACCAUCCUCAGUCAGAUGGACUAUAUGAUCCAUUCGGACAACUGGGCAGGCAUCUCUCAGGACGAAGCCAUAAAGACCGUGAGGCAGCUUUUCUGCAGGCAGAAAAGCUUGAUUCACCGUCUGUCAUGGUUACCUCGAUCAACGAGGCAGCUGAUAACUGGGAUUGUUCGGGCUGCAGCGAGAAAGUCCGUUUGCUGGCGAAGAGCCGUGAGCAUUUUCACAAUCUACCAGAACCGAAUUCCAUGGCCCUGUUUGUCUAA